ACGACAUCAACAUAACGUUUUUUUCGCCAGCGCGGCUGUCGCUGCCUGCUAAAGAGUAGAUUCGCUGAGGUUCACCCUCACCCGGAGGGAGAAAAGACUACCCCCUAGUGCCGUCUAGUGUGUUGUCUGAUCCUCGAAGGCUUCUCACAUUUGGUUCUGGUGCAGAGUACGGGUUAAGUGCAUUGGAAACCGUCGGGGAGCUGCAGCCACCGCCGCCGCCGCCGCUGCUAUCGCAGUACAGUGUGAUUGUGUUAAAUAGCCGCCGGCUUACGCGCGAUCAUCCGUCGUGUGUUCCGACGGGGAGACUUAAACGGGCGAAGUGUUCUAAUCGAAGAUAAUCCUCAUCGUGUGCUGAAGUGUUUAAUGUAUGUUUUUUUGUUCCAUUGCUAGACAAACACUGUGUUUGGAGGGGAGUAGACCAGUAGCCGCUUUCCGAAGGGUGUUGUUUGAAACAUUCGCCGUUUUUUUUGCUCGAGCACAGGAAAAGAUUGCUAUCGUUGUGAUAAUAGCAACAAAAAAUAGCAUCGUGGCGAGAUUGUGAUCGUGAAGAAGCAAAAACCCAAAUCCAAAGGAUCAGUCAAUUGCACCGAAGCAAAACAGUUUAGUGAAAGAGGCGCAACGGAGCAACAGCAGCUCAGAGUAACGAAACAGAAAAAAAACGUAGAUCAUUAAUUAAUUUUACUCUGUCGAGUGGAAAAUUAUAUGUAAAUUUCUUCUUGUGGGGUGUUUGUGUGGGCCAGAAGAAACAAAAAAAAAUCUCCCCAACGCAAGCCCCGUGGGGGAGAAAAGAGUUCCAGCUAGUGUUUGGGUAAACAUACAUACAUUCGGAUGGAUGGUGAAAAGUUUGAUGGAAGAGAUAACACGUCGCUGCUGCUGAUGCUACUACUGCUGAGCCGGAUGAUGGUGAAAAUAUGCCAUCGGGAAAAACCCCGCCAUUAGUUAGAGCCCUCGCUGCCACCGACCAGCAACGAGAUAGAUCGAAGUAGGUGAAAAAUUCCACCCCGCCGAACAAGGACGGUGGCGACCUCCGAUACAAUCACACAUGCUGCGACUUGAAAUGAAAACAGAAAAAAAAUUGCACCGUGUUUGAAAAGUGUUGGUGCGCGUGUCUGUUGUAGGCUGUGUGGACGGGAAACGAAAAAUUUUCAGAAUUUUGAAGAGGUGAAAACGGAAACAAGUGAGACAAAAUUCGAGUGAUUAUCUGAUGCUGCUAGACCCGGGUCUAAAUCGCGAGAGCUAGAGAGCAGACGAAGAAAACGAAGUGGAAAAAAAAAGUUCGCUAAGCGUGGCUUCAGUUUUUUUUUUUGCUUCGCUCCCCCUAGUGAUGUUGGUUUUGAGUCACACUGUGCCGGGCAGAAAAUAAGGAAGCAACACAAAAAAAGAGCAAUCUAUUUACAGUUAACCCACAAGAAAAGAAAUAUUUUACCGGUUAAAAAAGGUGGCAUUUGACAAGUGAGUGAAGUUAUUUAGAAUAUGUGUGUGCGCGCAUCGCGGAUGGAUUAAACUAAGGAAGAAAGAAAGAAGGUAGACGAAAAGAGAGUGAACCAUAAAACAUCGCACAGGAUUAACAUUUGACAUUUCAUCAAACGAAGCAAAAGUUAAACGCGUCCGCGCCGCUUGCUUCGAUUGUUGUGCCGCCCCAAAACGUUUGGAAGUGUCCUAAGGCAGCGUGGAAUAUUUGGACUGUGUGACUUCUGAUCUGCCAACAUCAGCGGCGCUACCCGCAACUGUCUAAUCAGACGCGUGACAACGAAACUGACAACUUCUGAUCUCAUCGGCUCUAAUUUGUUGGAAUAACUGCACAACCGGAUGAUCGGCGAUCAUCGGACCCAGUGAGCAGGACGGACGAUCUCGAUUUGACACGACAAAAAAUGCAUCGCUGCCCUUCGACUGCCAGAAAAAUCGAUCCUGCUUCUUCCUCGCAUCAUCCAACCGACGCCGUUAAUUUCGAUAGCUUCAAAUCGGGGCGGCAUGCGAAAAUACCCGACUCAAUUUAAAAACGUUUAAAUUUUACCAAUCUCAAUCCGUUCCUGCUCAUCGCCCGAGAAGGCAUGGAACGGAGCGAGUUCGUUUAGUUGUUUCGUCGGGGAUUUGGGGCUCGGUUAGCCUUUACUUAAUUCCUUUUGCGAAGCAAUCAAAGUGCAAUCGGACAUAUUUAUGUUGGAAAUCAUCUCGAAUGGCAUAAUGACUUCAUCGGGCAUGGACAUAAGUGAAACGUUUCGGCCUGAAGAUCUGGGAAAGACGGAUUUUUUCGACUAUGUAACCACCGGUACGGCAGCAGAAAUGACCAUCAGUGGACCGGGUAGCAGCACUGUGGGGAACGGUGGCAGUACAUCCAGCAGCGGGAACGGCGCCGCGACGGUGGCAAUCGAUCGACCCCCUGGGAUCCGACCCGGGAACGGUGAUGCAGGAGGCGGGCCCAGUACGGUCAGCAAUCGAAACGGUCCGGAAGCCAUUAAUGGAAGUGCAUCGAGUCAGGCGGCCGGUGGACAGACGUCGGCAAGCGGGAGCAACGGAACUGGUUCCACCACCACUACCAGCAGCAACAGCAGCAGCAAUAACAAUAAUCAGCCGCUGCAAGGAUUCGACCAGUUCUGGGGACCCGACAAAGACACCAACCGGCUCGAUCAGACGAUGUUCGAUGACAUCAACCGGUACUGCUGGAUUCAACAGCAAAAUAAUGGAGCCGGUCAACCAUCCGGAACUAGUUCCGUUGGCAAUGCGGUAACGGACACCGAUGAACAGAUCUACACCCUGACAGUAUUAAACGGUACCCCGGAACCGUGGGUCCUGCGGAAGGACCCAAAUGCUUCGGAACCACCUCCUCCUGCGUCGAACCUCGAUCUCGAUACCAUACUCGGAGGCUUUCCCGGGUACGUCAAGACCGAGUGCUUCUCCUACGAUGACAGUGGUUUCGGCACCGAUCAUCAUGGUAAAGAAGAUCCUCAGCAUCAGCAGCAGCAACAACAGCAACAUCAUCUGCUAAGCCAACAGCAGCAGCAGCAGCACCUUCAUCAGCAAGUACAACAAAUACCAGUGACAUCUACAAACAUCGUGCUAUCCAACAGUCUGAUGGAUCCGAACAGUGUGAUAGCGUACCAGAACAACAACAACGACUGGCAAAUGUCGGAUCACAAUGUGAUAGAGCAUGAAACGCCCGAGUCUUUACUGCGUAGUGCACUCCAAGGCAAAGGAUACACCAAGGGAGCUGCCGUUCAGUUGCAGAAUGGCAUAACUGUAAUACCCGCCGGUCAGAUCAAGGAAGAAGAGUUACGAAGAGUUCUGUACGCCGGUGAAGCGGAAACACUAGCCUAUGCUGAUUCUACCCUAGCAAAUCCGCUCUUCGAUGAAUCCGCUAUGCACUCACCCAGCUCAAAUAACCCACAACAUCAAGCCCAUCCGGCAGCGGUAGGCGAUCUCGGUACAGGUGUAGUCGUUGACGAUAUGUUUCUUACCCUCGACUCGGCCUUCACCGAGGACUACGAAAAGCUGAAACGAAUUGCUAGUGAAGUUCAGCAGUUCUGUACAGACAACAAUAACUACACCGAAAUUAUCGUUGAAACCGCUGCCAUCAACCAACAUCAGAAUCCUAGCCUUAUCAGCAAUAACGGUAACAGCAAUCUAGUGAUAUCGAGCGUCCACAGCGCGAACCUUCAUGCAAUAUCGACGAGCACCUCGUCGGAUGUGGUAACGACCACCUCCACGGCGAAGGUUAAAGCGCCUCGGUCAUCCAAGAAGUACAAGCGAUCUCUCAACAAUAGUGCAAACACCACCUCGAUCAGCAGUAGCAGUAGCAGAACUAACAAUAACAACAACAGUAGCAUGAGCAACCUCAACACCACACCUGCUUCCAUUAUGAGCACGACGAAUCACAACAACAACAACAAUCCAAGCCCGACACACUGUAACGGUCAAAGGAAGGAACGCUCGCUGCACUACUGCUCCAUCUGCUCCAAAGGCUUCAAGGACAAAUACUCCGUCAAUGUUCACAUCCGGACGCACACGGGCGAGAAACCUUUCGCCUGUUCGCUCUGCGGUAAGAGCUUCCGUCAGAAGGCUCAUCUAGCCAAACACUACCAAACCCAUAUGGCACAGAAGAAUCCCUCCGGAAGUGUCAAAGGUGGCAAGCAGAACCGUGCCGCUACGGAUCAAGCAACAGUUCAAACGGUGACAGCUGCUGCCACGGCGACUACCGUUCAUCAACAGCAACAACCUCCGCAGUUAGCGACGACGGGUCCACCCCUGGGUGGUCCCUCACAAACCGUCACAGCGACACCGAUCCUACUCAACACUGCCACCAUCGUCGCAAGCCGGUAAUAUCCUAAAACUCAAAACUGCUAGCUAGAUAUAGCCGAAGCUAUCGUCUUCAAACCCUAGAUCGUUAAGUUAACUACCGCUACACUGGAUCGUUAGGACAUUGCAUAUAUAGAAUUUAUUUGACACAUACUUUCUUUCAAACACUUGUAGACUACAGACAAACAACAGCAACCACCCGAGUGCUACGAUCGAUUGAACUCACGAUUUAGCCAAACCGUCAAUUUCAAGCAGGGUUGUACACAUUUGUCAUUUGUUAUUUCUUCUGCUUCCGCAGAUUUUCCACGAAAAAAAAUCAAUCUGUCCAAUUUCUGUCUACAACUAGAACCGAAUGAAAAGUGAAGCUGAUCAACAAAAAUUGACGUUCCUAUUUUAUUGUAUUUACCCAGACGCGUCGCGCAAAACUCCCUAAGAUUGUUAGUCCGUGUGAUAGAGAAAGCGAACGAACGAACGAGCUAAAAAAAAGGAAACCGAAAAAGACCAACGUGGAAAUCCUCUUCUAAACAAUUAAUUGUGGUGUUGAAUAAAAGAUAGAUUUUGUAAAAAUGUCACCAACCACGUAGUGACUCGUGGAUGAAACCCGCUUGUAGAACAGCUACGCAAACAAGUGAAAAUUUCUACUGUGAUGUUUUUCCUUCGUAUUUUGUGUUUUAGUGGCGAAAAUGAGAAAUGGAAGUUGCUAGGCUAAAAGUUAUACUCUAUAUUUAUACCUAAAGUUAAAGACAUUUACAAAACGAAACAAAAAACGACUUACGUUAAGUUUGAGGUUAAGAAACAGCUUCUGUCCAUUCUUGCCAUUUUUUAUGCUAGAAAACGUGAAACGUCAAGUAAAUAGUACUUUAUAAAAACGAAUAACGACUCUGCUGCUCUACUGUUCAAUACCUAUUUUAUGCUAUGUUGUAGCUGUUAAGUGUAAACAUUUUUUUGUAAAUAAGUUUGUUCCCAACUCAAAACAAAUCUUAAUCGUGCGAUUAAAUCUCCACGCUGUUUAUUACUGUAAUCGGUUAGUGUAGGCAAAAGAGUAAGGCUCAACAAAACUAAACAGCAGAGAGGCCCUAUUUCUGUCUAAUUAGUUAAACUGUUGAUUGUUUAGAAAUUUUUAUUGAUCUUUUUUGUUUUUGUUUACCAAAAGUCACACACGGUUACCGGCUCUUAUAUGGCUUGUGCUAUUUUUAUUUUAUUUUCCUUUGAGAUUAUCCAAUGAGAUUACCUAUUGGCGUUUUUGUGAGUUAUUUUUUCUCUCUGAGUACCGAUAGAAAAAAUAAAGAAGAAUAGAAAAAAACUGGUUAGCCGUCAAGAAGCAAUAUAUAGAAGAUGAAAAAUGUGAUUCCGUUUGAACCGAAACCAGAUGAGAUUGUUGUUAUUUUUGUUUUGAAAAUCUAAAGAGAAAUUUGUUCGAACUUUUGAAUAUUAAUUGUUUGUGCUAGACAGUGAUUGACGAAACGACGAAAAGAAGAAAGAGAUAUUUCAUCUGUUAUAGUUGAAAUUUAUUUAAACUUGGUUACACUGUAAGUGAUAUCAUUUAGACAAAUAUAUAGUUAUAUUUUAUUACAGAAAAAGUAUAUUUUAAACUCGUUUUGUACGUGUUUAUUUUUUUUGCAACGCUAUGUUGAAUUGUUUAGAGAUAUUUUUACUUCCUUUGAUCUACAUUAACGGCAAGCAAUUGUAAUUGUAAAGGUUUUCAUCCGCAAGUAUGCAUAGUAAAAUAUUUGUAGUAAGCAUAUCGCCCUGUAAACAUCCUCUACAUUUCUAGUUUAAUAAUGUCAAACGUCGGAAAAAUCAUCAAUAAAACUGUUUGAACCAUCGGACAAUUCAAA